CAAGGUAAUGUCGAUUGCUGACAAGAUUAUUAGUCCUCACUAAAUAUGAUAAUAUAAAAUUCUCUCAUCGAAGAUUUUAUUGUCUACGUGAAAAUCUAUAUUGUCAAUAAUCUUAAAUGGUAAUUCACCAAAUGCGAUAUUAAUUAAUUAUUACAGCCUGGAGAAGAUCUCCAGUCCCGACCUAUAAUAAACUCCUUCCCUCUUCCCCUGAUCUUCAGCAAUAUGGAGACAUACACAGCCCUCACGGCGGUGAUGAUGCUGCUGCUGACGGCCUCCGCUGCUGCCGCCACCCGCUGCCCCAGCUGCGGCCCCACCCCGGUCCCCUACCCGCUCAGCACCUCACCCACUUGCGGUGACCCAUCGUACCGAGUCCUCUGCGACGCAGCCUCUGGCUCCCUCUCCUUCCCAACUCUCAACAACUCCUACCCGAUUACCUCCAUCAGCGCAGCCGCGCAACGGCUCGUGAUCCAGCCGGCACAGCUCGUCUCCGGCCGUUGCGUGACAGCAGAUCUCCCGACUCAAGGCUUGCAGCUGAACAGCUCCCUCCCCUUCAACGUGACCAGCAGCAACACCAUCAUGUACCUCAACUGCUCGCAGACGCUCCUCAACUCGCCACUCAACUGCUCGUCCGCGAGCCUUUGCCACGAGUACGUGAACGGGACGGCAGCGGUGGACGGGGUGUGCGGGGCCACCCCGAUAUGCUGUACGUUAUGGGCUUGGGGUUCCACCACGUCAUACUCUAUCCGGGUGAGGGAAACUGGGUGCAGGGCCUACACGAGCUUCGUCAACCUCGACCCGACCCUUCCGGUCAGCAGGUGGCCCCAGCCAGGCCUCGAGAUCCAGUGGGUGGCGCCCCCGGAACCCCUAUGUGGGUCCCAGGUCGAUUGUGACGGGAACUCGACCUGUGGGCCCGACCCGGCGGACAGUGGGGCCAGCAGGUGCUUCUGUAAUUCUGGGCUCACGUGGGACCCAACCCAGGGAAUUUGUGUUGAGAAUAUUACGUGUCAAGAUCCAGAUGGUUGUGGUGCGACAGAUAAAACUGCACUUAUUGCGAGCUUAACUUCUGGAAUAGGAGCAGGACUCAUUGCAUCGAUAGUUCUCGCUAUGCUCUACAAGCAUCACGAGCGCACCAGAAAAGCUCGUGAACGUCUUGCCCAAGAGCGUGAGGAGAUCUUGAACUCGAAUGGAGCGAUAGGAGCGAAGAACUUCACGGGCAAAGAGAUCAAGAAAGCCACUAACAACUUCUCAAGGGACCGGCUCCUCGGUGUCGGUGGAUACGGUGAAGUCUAUAAGGGCAUUCUAGAUGAUGGCACUUUGGUAGCCAUCAAAUGUGCUAAGCUUGGGAACGCCAAGGGAACCGACCAAGUGCUGAACGAGGUUCGGAUACUGUGCCAGGUCAACCACCGGUGCCUGGUCCGUUUGCUGGGUUGUUGCGUCGACUUGGAGCAGCCAAUUUUAGUUUAUGAGUACGUUGAGAACGGGACACUGUUGGAGCAUCUCCAAGGCCAUAGGCCUAGUGGAAGGGCCGCUCUGUCAUGGGAGCGUCGACUCCAGAUUGCCCAUGACGCUGCAGAGGGCCUUGCUUACCUGCACUCUUCAGCCGUCCCCCCGAUAUACCACCGGGACGUGAAAUCGAGCAACAUUCUCUUGGAUGAAAAGCUAAAUGCUAAGGUUUCUGACUUUGGGCUAUCCCGCUUGGCCCACACGGACCUUAGCCACAUAACAACGUGUGCACAGGGUACCCUCGGGUACCUAGACCCAGAGUACUACCGGAACUACCAGCUAACCGACAAGAGCGAUGUGUACAGCUUUGGGGUGGUCCUCCUGGAGUUGCUGACGUCCCAGAAGGCGAUAGACUUCAACAGGGCGGACGAUGAUGUGAACCUGGCAAUCUAUGUCAGGAGGAUGGUGGACGAAGAGAGGUUGAUGGACGCUGUCGACCCGCUUCUCAAGGAGAAGGCAGACCUCAUGGGGGUGGAAACAAUGAAGGCGCUAGGAUUCCUCGCAGUAGGGUGCCUGGAGGAACGGAGGCAGAACCGGCCCUCAAUGAAGGAAGUCGCCGAGGAGAUCGAGUACAUCAUGAGCAUUGCAACUGCCAAGGUUGCACAGAACUAGCUACGCACUCUUAAUUAUAUAUAAGUACAAACGCUCAUAUACCUGCUGAGUUUGAGCCAGAGCACCUUGAGCCUUGAGGUUUAUGCUCUGGUGAUGUUAGUCUUGCCAGUUGCUCUGUUCUUUAAUUGUGCGGUUCGUCCCAUCCCUAUGUAAACGGAUGUAUAUCUUUUAGGAAAAUAUGAAGUUUGUAAUGUGAAUGUGAAGUACGUUUUUCAGUUGAGA